UCGUGUCACUUCUGCCUGAAGGGCAUCUCAUGGGCCUCGCGCACCAGGCUGGUCUGCCGUUCGCGCAGCAGUACCUCAAGCUCAGCGCGACGGAUAUGCAGCGGUACGGCAUCGUCGCGUACUUCCCGUGGAGCCUGAAGCCCGUGUUCGGGAUGCUCUCCGACGUCGUCCCGAUCGCGGGUACAACAAGCGGUAUUACGCGCUGGUGUUCAUCAACCUCCAAGUCUCCGUCGUGGACUUGCUCACGGAAGGGAAGUACACGGAGAAGAUGCGGCAGCUCCCGGAGAUGAGCGGCGACAUCGUGUCGUUCGUGUGGUUCUCGCUCUUGUGCGGCGGCUUAUUCGCGACGAUCAUCUCGUUCUUCACGCUGCGUUCGGAGAACUACCGCGUGAUGUUCUGGUGCGCG